GUUUCAACGUGAAAGUUGAAGUAGGAUUAAAGUUCGUCGAGUUUGCUCCCUGUAACGUACUUUACGAUCACACAAACAUCUACACGAAUAUGUGUCCAAUGCACAGUAGUCAUAAGAUGUUUACCUUUGAUUUACAGAUUGACGCGCGCGUGGGGACCGUUAUAAAGGGCAGAGAAAACGGGUGCUUUAAAUCGAACAUACCCAGUGAUGGCUGCGGAGGAUAGGCCAGACCCUGAACCCAAUGAUCUGUGUUUGGAAGAAGAGCUUUUCUCAUUGAGAUCGCAAGCAGAGGCACUGCAACAGGAACUGAAUACAUGUAAGGAUGAACUUCAGAAGUUACAGAAACAGCUCAGCCAAAGCGAACGACUGCAGAAGACAACAGAUAGCUACAAUAAAGAGCUCAGACAGCAGGUUGAUAGACUGAGUGCAGAAAUCCAUGAGAGAAAGAAAAGAGAGAAAGAUAAAGUGGAUGCUGAGACUCAGACGGAGGAAUACACCUGGACAGAGACAGAUUAUUAUAAUUAUUACUAUGGCGGAUACUAUCAGUCUGGAACGCAGACAGCAGCAGAAACGCAGGAGAAUGUUGUCACGAAAACUCAAGAAGAAUCGGAACACACUGAGUUGCAUCCCAUAAAAACAGAACCAUCUAAUCCAGAGCAGACAGAUGGAUUGAGAGAUUUCCUGCAAACAGAGGAGGCCUCUGGAGAAGGUGGCUCGGUAGCUGACAUGCUCAGAGCAACAGCCGAGGAGGCGUUGUACCAGACCAACUUUGUGUUUGAUGAAAGUUCCGGCAUGUACUACGACCACAGUACUGGAUUUUACUAUGACUCUACCAGUCAGCUGUACUAUGAUGCCAACACAGGCAUGUACUAUUACUAUGACCCAGAAAGCGGAAAAUACCAAUUCCACUCUAGAGUAGAGGUGCCUGCUGCACAACCCGAAGCGGAGCAGACACCACAGAGGAAAACCAAAGACUGGAAAAACAGGAAGUCAGUGAAGAAUACAGAUAGAGCUUCCUAUCCCGACGGAGAGGUUCAGGAUUUGACUAACUCAAUGGCUCAGUUGAAGAUAGAACAUUUGAGGCGGAUUGGAGUCAGAGAAGCUUGGCCACCAUGUGUUCGGGUAACAGUGGUUCGUUCUCCUGUUCUGCAGACUGGAACCCUCUUCAUUCUCACGGCUGACACUGUUGCCACCAUCGGCAGAGAGAAAGACAGUAAUCACACCAUCAGAAUCCCUGAGAUGGCAGUCAGUAAGUCCCAUGCAGAGGUUUAUUUUGACCAGGAACAGCAGUGUUAUGUGCUAAUAGAUCAGGGCAGUCAAAACGGAACUGUCAUCAAUGGGAACAGAAUACUACAGCCCAAAGUUCGCUGUGACCCUUGCCCUUUGACCCACGGGGAUGAAGUGAAGUUGGGAGAGACAGUUUUGUCCUUCCACAUUCACAUAGGAACGGACACAUGUGACGGCUGUGAACCAGGGCAGGUCAUAGCACAUCUGAAUCGCCAUAAAAGAGAGGAGAACUCUGGACCUGUUCUUAGUAAGGAGGAUAAGGAGAUUCAAAGACAAAAAGAACUAAAGAUGAUAAAGGUCAAAUAUGGUCUCAAAAACAGUGAAUAUGAGGAGCAGAAGGCCCUGAAGAACAGCAGGUAUAAAGACAGAGCGGAAAACCGUCGGCAGACAGUUGGGAGCGAGGAAAUGUUCCAGAGAGACGAUGCCCCUGCUUCUGUUCACGUUGAAAUUGGAGAUGAGAAUAAGGGCAGACAGAUGCUGGAGAAGAUGGGCUGGAAACGAGGAGAAGGUCUCGGCAAGGAUGGAGCUGGAAUGAAAGACCCAAUCCAGCUGCAGGUACGUAAGGCCCAGUCUGGUCUUGGUUCUGGAGUCGUCAUGUCAGUAGGGGAUGCUCCGCUCACCAGAGCCAAAACCCAGAGGAACUGGGAGCGCAUACGGGAACGGUACUCUGAUGCCUGCAGGGCUGACUCCGCCCAUUCUGAAACAAGCCAAUCACCUAAAACUUUUGUCAAAAGUCAGGACACGGAGUGAUUUAUCGGUCAUUCUUUAAGGCCAUUUUUGGGUUUGCAAAGAAAAAACAGGGCGUGGCCAAGAUUUCGGCUAGCUGCACCAGUCCUUACAAUUAACAAAACCAUAGACGCUUCUUUUGAAGUUGUAACAGUUUGUAAAUAGACUUUAGUUCAUUUUAAACAAACAGUGUGUUUUUUGUUCUUUUCCCAUUUCAAAUACAAACAUAAUAUCUUGGACAAAUAAACAAUAAAUGUUUAUAAAACAAUGAUACAUUUGUUUCAGUUGAGUUUGCGGUAGUCUCCCAUUAUAACGGCAAAUGGUUGUAUGUCAUAUUCAUGUAUGUUACAAGUAGCAGAUGAACUCUGAGAUGUUUGUUUAAAGGUUUCCAAUCUUCAGCUGUACAAUAUCUGUAAAGGUGUGUGUUUUGUGGAUAAUAUGCAACAUUUACUGUGACAGCUGCAGUUAGACCUGUGGAACAGCAUAUUAUCCGUCUGUCAGAAAAUAACGAGUUGCACAACUUCAAAAAUAGAAUCUUUAGUCAGUUAGUCUUCUGUCUGUCAAAAGGUAUCAAGUGCUUUACUACUGUUUGUGGCCCUUGAAGGGCAACAAAAAAUGUAGUUUGGGAAACUUAAAACCCAUGUGAAACUACUUUCAAGUGUCCCGUAUGUUGUGAGUCAGCUCUUGUGGCAAACUUUGUCUCUAGAUGGCUCGUAACCAGUUUAUGCAACCCAACCGCUUUUAAUUUUAUUACUUAUUUUGUUUUGCUAUUGUUUGGCCUGAGUUUGUGUAAACAAAGCCUCAAACACUUGAAGUAUUUCAGAUUAUGCAGUUUUUUUUUUAUUGUAUUGCAAAUUUCUAUCAGCUAUCUAAACUGAGGAUCCUUUAAAUGAAAGUAUUAUGAUUUAUGUAAUGUAAAGUAUACAAUUACAUUUACAUUUAUGCAUUUGGUAGAUGCUUUUAUCCAAAGCGACUUACAGUGCACUUAUUACAGGGACAGUCCCCCCGGAGCAACCUGGAGUUAAGUGUCUUGCUCAAGGACACAAUGGUGGAGGCUGUGGGGAUCUAACCAGCAACCUUCUGAUUACCAGUUAUGUGCUUUAGCCCACCAUGCCACCACCACUCCAAUUAAACCGAAAUACUUUAUAUACAUCAGAAUACACCAGAAUUGUGCCAUCAUGGCAACGAAGUUGUAUAUAACUUUACACAAAAAAAGGUUAGUAAACGAUUUUAUCACACUAAACAAAUGUUAACACGUAUAAUGUUUGUUUUGUGGCAAUACUUUUGAACUUAUGUUUAAAUGAACAUUUAUGGACUGGCCCCAUUCACUUCCAUUGUAACGGCCUUACUGUAACUGUAUAUAUA